GCGGUCUCGGGCAGGUCAGCAGCAGAUGUAGCUAGCAGACUGUUGCAGGACUAAUAGGCGGAUUACAGCCCUCAGAUUAAAUGGGCUUCAGAGGGAACUUGAGGGACUGUGGAUAAUGCUCAAGGCCUUGGGGCAAGUGUUAUGACAGCAUUUCUCUUGGGGGAGGGGACGGCAUGUAGAGUAAAGAGAUCACUAUAAACUAAUAUAAUAUGAAGAGGUGGGUGAUGACCUUCUGUGCAGACUCAGAUUCAACAUAUUGCACACCCUGGUCCUGGAUUAGCAGAACUGGAUUAUUGCGCUGUCGUUUACAGUAUCAUAUUUGCCUUCAGGUCGUGUGUGUCAUGACCCCACGAGAGCAGCUGAGGAAGAUGACAGCGCUGGGAGAGCAGGGGUCCUUGGAUGAGAAGCACUGGUACCGUCUGGUUAACGGCAUGUCAGCUGGAGAGCUGAGGCAGAGGCAAGAGUUGAUAAUGAGGAACCAGAUGGCCAUGGCUCCACAGAUCCUCUCCCAGGGGCAGCAGAGGUUACAGGGGGUCCCAGCGCAGUUUGAACCUCGUUUCAUGGAGAGAGAGCUGGUGCCCCCCUCUGAGAUGGUAGCAUCUGAGGCCAGACAAAUGCACAUGGGCUCUCACCUGGGUCCACAUCUACCUCCCCAUGCCAAUGUCAUGCCCGGGAGAGCUUUUCCUGGAGCAGCUGGCUAUGGCUUCUUGCCCUCGGAGCCCAUGGAAACAGUUGCCCGGCGACAGGAGUUCAUUCACAAGCAAAAUAUAGCCAGAAUGGAGAUGAAUGCCAUUCUGCACCAGAAGGAGCUGGAGAAUGCCCACCAGAAGGGACUUAUGGGAAUUGAUAAUCCUAUGUCGUACCCUUCCAACCACAUGGCGUUCAGAGGUCGUCAGCGGAUGCCGGACGGCCACGACGUCUACGUCCACCGUCCCACUCUGGAUGAACUGCACUCGAACAGCAUCCUCAUGUCAGCCAGCCCUUACCCACCAAUCAGCACGCUGCACCGAGAGAGGGGACGCAGGGCUGGCAGGAGGCCCAACGUGCACAAGAGCGCAGAGAGCCACGUGUCCAACCUGAAGGGCCAAACGGAAGACAAGAAUGUGGAGCGGAGCCCGGGAGCCACAUCAGGGGAGGAGAAAGAGGUGGAGGCAAAGGGGGACGUGGGAGAGGAGUGUCCCGCCAGCAAGGCGCAUCAUCAUGCAAAAAUAGACUCUGAAAUCUCUGCAGGAAGCAGGAAGAACUACAAAGAGGGGGAGCCAGGUCUACGUAAAGCCUGUGUGAGCAGUCAAGAUGGGUCCGAUGUGGCCAACAGCGGAGCAAAUGAUAAAGACUUAUCCAAUCAAUGUUCAGCUUUCCAGGAGAAGUUUAUGUAUCCCUCCACUGGUGGAACGCUCACAGGCAUUCCGUACAUGUUCCCAGUCCCCGGAAAUGGUUUCCUUCCAUCUGGUCCACCCAAUCUCUUUCUCAACAGUGAUGAGGUGUCUGAAGACAUAAGGAAGUGGACAGUGAAUGAUGUCUACAACUUCAUCAACAGCGUACCCACAUGUUCAGAAUAUGCUCAGACGUUUAAGGACCACAUGAUCGACGGGGAGACCCUGCCCCUCCUGUCAGAGGAGCACCUACUGGACACACUGGGACUCAAACUGGGACCGGCUCUUAAGAUCCGCUCACAGGUGUCCAGGCGUAUGGGCAACAUGUUGUACAUGAUGAACCUGCCGCUCGCCACCGCAGCACUGCAGGCCAAUCCUGAGAAGCCUGCAGACCGCUCAUCAGAGGCCGGCUCCCCUGUGAACUGCAACAGCGAGGAGAUGAUGGCGAGUCCAAGAGACCCUGAUGUCCUUAAGUCCACAGAGCACCUGCAGGAGACAGAAAACAAUUCCCCUCCAUCUGCCAGCAGUGAGACGGCCUGAUCAGAACUGAUAAAGCGGACCUCACCAGUGUGCACCUCCAGUACAGCAUGGCUCUACCUGACUGCCACCGUCAAGGAUUUGUUUACAUUAUGAUUAACUGGUUUGAAGAUGUUUUCUUUUCUAACUAUUUGCUAGUUUUUUUAUGCACAAGUUCACACUUGGCCUAGUUAUAUGCUAACUAUUUGUAUUGUAUAUAUACAAAUAUGUAUAUGUGCAUAUAUUUUUAACAAUCACAGUGGAGUGAAACUGAUGUGAGAGUUAAGAGACAAUAAGAAGGUCCAAUAAAAAUUGUAUUUUCUUCAUAUCACAGGACUCUAAACGUCUGACUGUAGCUUUAAACAUGCUUAUUUUUCAAGCUGCUAUGCUUCAUUUCUCUCGUAGUGCAUCAUAAGGACCAUAGACAUAAUAUGGGAAUGAUUUUAUAAUCGAAUAAUGACAUCUAAGAUGUUUAGAUGUAAGAUACACUUUUCGUUUGUUGGAUUGUAAAUAAAGUGUUUUUCUACCUAGGUAA